GUUCAUUCAACAUUCGAACCGUUCGUGUGUGUCGUGACGUGCGUAGGGUGGUGGGAUUCAGAGAUCGCUUGAAAGGUCAAACCGUUUCCAGGCUGAAUCGGCAACCAACUGUAGCAUUGUUCUCUCCUCUAUCCCAACUCUAGUAGCCGACAAUUAACUGCCGGUGUCACACCGUUGAGCAGGCCACGGUAGAACAUGAGGAAUUCCACUUUGUUGAAAUGGAAACAAAAUGCUGCAAACAACAAAAAUCAGCCCAGCAAGAAUGGUGGGGGUACCAACAGAAAUUGGAUUCACUCCCCAGACGCGCUUCAAAAGGGUCACAUUGCCUACCUAGUUAAGUAUCUCGGAAGUACAGAGGUAGAUCAACCGAAGGGCAUCGAUGUAGUUAAGGAAGCUACGUGCAAAUUGAAAUUCAAUCAACAACUGAGGAAAAGUGAGGGAACGAAAACGCCAAAAGUGGAAUUGACGAUCAGCAUAGACGGAGUCGCCAUUCAGGAACCCAAAACCAAGACAACGCCAAAGCGAAUUAUGCAUCAAUACCCGUUGCAUCGAAUAUCCUAUUGCGCGGACGAUAAAGGAGAGAAGAAAUUCUUCAGCUUCAUAGCAAAGGAAGAAGACGCGGAAGGGCACACCUGCUUUGUUUUCGUCAGUGAUAAAUUGUCAGAGGAGAUAACUCUCACGAUCGGUCAAGCCUUCGAUCUUGCCUACAGAAGGUUUUUAGAAACUUCUGGCAGAGAUCUGGGAAGUCAGAGGCGGAACAUGGUACUCCAGCAUAAAAUCAAACUAUUAGAACAUGAAAAUAACAUCUAUAGGCAGCGGUUACAAGACAUCGCCACGAUAAAAGGAGCGGCUGACGUGUCGUCUUAUCUAUCCCAACACAAUCUCCCAGACAUUUUGCAUGUGCCAAGCGCACCUGUAGUCCCCGACAGUUGUUCGUCAUCGUUUACCGAUACGAGCAAACCUCGACUGAAUGGGAGUUUUAGUAAAUCGUCUUCAAGUGCGAGCAGCGACAGCAAUGGAAAUACAUCGAACGGAGUACAACAGCCUCCACCGGUGCCUCCGAGAAGUUUUGAAAAAAAUUUCGACGAUGAUUUCAUAAGCGGUGAGCUGCCGGCGCCAACGGUCGGCACCAAACUCGAAGGUCUUCUCAUGGACGAAUUUGAGGAAGAUUUUAACCCAAGAGCGCACGAAGGCUUGACCAAUGGAACCGCUAACAAUCAUCGAUCCAACAAUAAUCCUCUUUCAGACGGGCCGCAGAUAUCUCCGGCUCAACUGUUUUUCCCACAAGCGAACGGAGUCGCGGGUUCUCCACCAUUGCUUGCCCCGCCACCAAAGGCUAAGGAUUCUAGGAGGCAGAACGGAGUAAAAGAGGAUUUAUUCGGCAGUGUCCCGUUUAAUCCAACACCGUCAAUCGGCACUAAAAUUGACACGCGAGACCCCUUUGAGAUGGGAGAAUUCGGAGCAACCACCGCGACAUUUGAUCCGAGUCAGCAAGAACUCGAGAAUGCCAUUGGAUUGUUGGAUAAAAGGCUUUUGGAAAUGAAGGACGGAUUUAGCAGAGGUCUUUCAAUCGGAACCGAUGAUUUUUCACUCGAAAGUCUCGAUCCGUUGCGAAAUUGAGAGCUACCACUUGUCGACCGGUGUGUGAAAGAGAAUAUUGAAUGUUUUUAUGGUAGUUCAAGUGUUUGCAGGAGAGCAGAGUUAUCGUGGUAAUCAUUAUACGAUGAUAAUUAACAACUUAUACAGUUGUGAGAUUUUUUUGAGUCGAACAAGGAUAUAUUGAGAAAGAGACGUCGGAAAAAUGAGAGAAAAAAAAACACGUAAGAAACCAAAAUUAGUCAAUUAUUAUACACAAUAUAUAUUUAUGAUGAUAUUUGAUAUUUAUGAUAAUGAUAACACACCUACAUGUUUUUUUAUACCGUCAUCCCUUUGUUUCUCUCGUCAAUUCAUAGCAUAUCAAACGGCAAUAUCAACGUAAUAGCAUCAUUGUAAUGUAGUAUAUCAAUCCGAUUAUGUAAUCUAUUGUCCAGCAAAAUGAGACAAUCGAAGCGAUUAUGUACCUUUCAGAUUUUAUGCAAUGAGCUUUCAAGUGUUGUUGAUAAUAUGAGUCAAUUAUAGGCACAUCGAGAGGAAAAAAACAAUGCAUGUCUUACAGCGGUUAAAAACUGACGAUUGCAAGGGGGGGGGGGGGGGGGGGGGGGGAACUUCAUAAAUGAUUUAGUUUUUCUCGCAAAAUUAGAUGAAUCUUUCGUCAACUCUGAUCCCAGUCAUUUUUUUGAUGCCGUAAUAGAAGAGCGAAGAAAAUAAGAUUGAAAUACGAUUUCUACCGUUGUGAAUAAUCGUGAAUGCUUGUUGAUCGGGAGGGGAGAAAAUUGAAUACCUAGUGCACUGAAAUUUUAGAAAUAGCAAAGUUAUAUAUUUACACAGAAUUGAUGUCAUUCAUUAAAAUGAGCUUUUGAAAUAGGAAAGAUCGUAGCUUUUUUAAUACAUCUACAAUCUCGACAUGAUCGACGACAAAAUCGUCCUGUUACAUUGCCGGCAACCGUGAGGUCUUUUUUAGUAAUAAAUAAAAGGGCUAUAAUUUCAUAACUUAAUCUCUAGCUUUUCCAACGCAAUUACUUUUUUCUGCUGAACCUAUAAUAUACAUGUGCGUUAAUCACUGAUAUUAAUUACGAUGCGAUAGAUAGUUGAACUGUAUAUAUUAAUCAAUAAGAUAUUGUUGCUCUAUUGUUUGAGUAUCUUUGAAAAAUAUAUUACAUGAUUAUA